UUCCUUACUACAUGUUUUCGUCAAUGGCAAGUUAGGUCCUUUCAGCCGCCCUUGAUCGUUUGCCUGCAGACGAGAUGAUGACUGCGAAGACAGAACCACCUUCCGUAUGCGCUCUCUCUCACCAGGCUCCUGCAUGUGCUCUCAAACGAACUACUCGAUAUUAUCUUCGCAUCUACGUAGGAAACCGACUCCUUGCGCUCAAGUACAAGGCUCCGUACUGGUCAUUGCCGCUUGUUUGUCGCACCUGGCGCGAGGCAGCGCCGCAUAUGCCAUCGGUCUGGUCCCAAUCCUCCUCUACGCAACUUCCUGUCUCUAGAACUCGUACAUCGCCCUCACUCAGGCUGGCCUCGUACGUCCUCAGCGAAGCUCGGUCUCUCCUUCAAUGAUACCUGAAUCACUCUCGUAACCUGCCAUCUGCGAAAUCUCCAGACCCAAUGGCCGGACGCACGGUGGAAUAUUGUCUUCGACAUGUUGUGGACUUAUUACCGGAAUCCCUGGCAGACACUGUACUACUUCGGUAAAAGACUCGUGCAGUUCAAUCA